UUGCUUCCCUAAACCCAAUAGAACCCUAAAACCCCCAGUUCUCUGUGCACUACCACCACCAAAACCAGCGAUGGCACUCCACUUUCUCCGCGUCCGGCGGGCCCUGGCCACCGUCUCUUCUCUCCACCGUUCUCUUCCCUCUACAAUACCCAGUAUCGCAUCCUCUCCUCUCCUCGAAAAAUCCACUCCCCUUUCCUCAUCAUUGGCGACGAUCUUCUGCAAACCUCGAUCGUUCUCACUGACUCGGGUUUCCUUCUUUUCUUCUUCUCCCUCAACCCGAUCAUCACCGCCGAGGGUAUGGAAGGAGGGGGAGGAGAUCACGCCUGACAUGGUCUUGUUCGAGGGCUGCGACUAUAACCACUGGCUCAUCACCGUAGACUUCCCGAAGGAGGCGAAACCCCCUCCUGAAGAGAUGGUCCGCACCUACGAGGAAAUCUGUGCCAAGGGUCUCAACAUCAGUUUGGACGAGGCAAAAAAAAGAAUGUAUGCAUGCAGCACAACUACUUAUGAAGGUUUUCAGGCUAUAAUGACAGAAGAAGAGUCUGAAAAGUUUAGAGAUAUCCCUCAAGUUGUUUUUGUGUUGCCAGAUUCCUAUAUCGAUCCAGUAAACAAAGAGUACGGAGGAGACAAGUAUGAAAAUGGAGUGAUCACACACCGGCCACCCCCAGUUCAAUAUCACAGAACUAGUGGAAGAUUCAGAGACCAGCGAAACAGAAAUGCUGACCGAGGUAGGUAUGACCAACGAGGAGGUCAAGCUCCGAACCAGCAAGGGUAUAAUCAGCAAGGAGAUGGAAGGAAUUAUGGAGCCUCUCAAAAUUAUUCACCUCAGCAAAAUUAUCCUCCACAACAAAAUUAUGGUCCUCCUCAGCAAAAUUACAGUCAACCUCAACAAAAUUUUGGACCUCCUCGACAACAUUAUAGUCAACCUCAACAAAAUUUUGGUCCACCUCAGCAAAAUUAUAGUCAACCUCGACAAAAUUAUGACAGUCCACCUCAGCAAAAUUAUGGUCCACCUCAGCAAAAUUAUAGUCAACCUCGACAAAAUUACGACGGUCCACCUCAGCAAAACCAUAGCGUGCCACAACAAAACUAUUCUGGGUUCUCCGAUCAGGAAUCUAAGAGAGGUCCAAUGCCUUCAUCACAUCAGGGCAAUCACCCUCAAGGAGGACCAACAAAUAAUAAUCUGCAAGAACAAAGGGAGUUCCCUCAGGGAAGUCGCAGGGAAUAUGCACCUCCAGGACAGGGAGGCUAUGCGGGAGAUAAUAGGGAUCAUGGUCAAACACAAGGUCAAAUGCAAGGAGCAAAUCCUGACUAUGGGCAGGGUUUCUCACAUGUGGAGCAGAGGAAUGCACAAAGGGAGCAAAGGAAUUAUAUGGCCAUGGGACAAACUGGACCAGACCAGGGAAGGUAUUGAGGUCUCAAUUUAAUUGUUGUGAGGACCUGAACGAUCAAAUUAAUGUCACCUAUCUAGCUGCUCACCAGAGUGAAGGAUUACAUAUUUCCUCUAGUCUUGGUCAAGUUUGGGGUUAAUGGUUUGUGCACCACUUCACUUCUGAUUUUCUAAUCUUUUUUUGCUGAUGUCUUAAUUUGCUGUACUUCGAAUAUAUUAUGAACAAAGAUCCCCUUAUCUAUUUACAAGUUACAAUAGAUUGUGUACGUAUUGCUGAAUGAUUGAGAUAGCGAAUCAAAUGGAUUUCGUGGC